GAGCAGGCGAGGGCCAAGCGACGGAGUAUCUACGCUGGCUGAUUAACAUCAGAUUCAACACGGGAAUGUGGCUUCCGUCAUGGAAACAGCACCGCUUUCGGGAUUUAGACGAAAUGUUUAUGUAAUUAGGUUCUCCAUUUCCGCCGACUGAAGUUGUGAAAAAAUAAGGAAUUUCUUCUGACUUUAUUAUAGAAAACUUGUGACUGUUUUAAACGCUUACAAAUGCAGCGAUUACGUCAAAACGGGAUAAUCUCAUUAUUAGUCGUCUAAUUUAUUAGAGUUGGGCAACUGAAUUUGAGUAAUAUUUUUGAGAUUACAAUUGGAGAGCUGCAUAUUCAAAAAUGUUAAUUCGGCUCUCAUAUUAUAUGUGGAUGAAUACGUGUAUACGUGUAUCAUGCGAAUGUAAAGAUGAUCGACCUUUAUUUGCACAAUUACAACAGUUUUACCUGCCUGUAGAUUUAAUUUACUGCGUUAGCGGAUACUGUGUGCGUGAACAAUAUGUAUCUGCACUUUGAUUUCCGCCAGUACAAGAAUGCGCAGAUCAAGUCACGAUCAUAAUAUGGCCAUUCAAGGAACAGGAAGCGACUAUCAACCGAUUUCCGGUGCAGCGAAACCUUCCAGACCUUCCCAUGACAGGUAUUAAUUUGGAUCAUUUGCAACACCCGCAUCAUGUCCAUCCUGCAGAGGCAGGAAAGUCGAUGGUGUAUAACUACUAUGUACUCGUGUAGGUGUAUUCUACCGUGCUUAAUUUUCGUUUAAGAAUUGGCUUCAACGGCCUAUUACUUCAGCAUACGUGCAAGCUGAUGAUUAUUGCAUUGCAACGAUUGUUUCAAGACACAGCUAUCUGACUAUUCAUUGUGAUGUUACCUGUUAUUUAUAGUUUUGCAUAAAUGCACACUGAUAAGAAGUACCUAAAGAACAUGUUACUUCAAUUUCUUGUCUGAUUGUCGAUCUGUUCAGGGUGUGGAUACAAUUUUUUUCGAAAAUCAGUUUAAUUCAAAUAAGGCAAUAACUAAUCGGCAUGCGCAGCGUGAUUACCACGGCAGAUGCACUGAUAAUGCAACAUCUUUUUUGCUUGCCGAUAAGUAGUUUAUGUGGAUUAUUUACAAUGUUUUAUAUGGUGCACGGAUUCAACGUCAACUUGGUAACCGUCAUUAUCGGAAACAAUCCGAUCUACGGAUUUUAUGCUCAACAGCCGGCCUAUGAUAUUGCUUAUACUGAAUUAAAAAAGCAAUAUCCUUUAGUUUUUGAGAGGUACAAUUUGAUUCGGCAUUUGAUCUAUGAGAAUGGAUCUUAUAUUUGCGACAACGCUGAAGCAAAAAUGUUUACCGUGGCUGGAGAGUUGGAUAGACUUAUACGAGAACUGGAUGGUUUUACAAUUUUGCUUUCUCCCGGAUGCAGUAAGGAAGUUGUCGCAUUGGGAGAUUUUGCCAGAGAGUGGAAUGUACCUCUGAUGGCAACCAUUGCGGGUGAUAAAUCAUUGACCAACAAGCAGCGCUUUCCCACAGUCCUGGCGUAUGGCCCACCGGAUCAUCCCAGCUUAGCACUGGCUAACAAGAAGUUAUUAGAUACGUUCUCCUGGAAAACGUUGACGUUCUUUUGCGAUACGUUGUCGCAGUACCCCGGUCUGAAUGGGUUCUAUGCUGUGGCGUGUGUGAACUUCAAAGACGCCCUCGAAGUGGAUUCCUAUAAUAUUCUGAAGACCACGUUCGACUCCGUAAGCAACAGGACACACUACGGCAGUAUGCUCCGCGAAGCAAAAUCUCGCAGUCGAGUCAUACUGGUGUUCUCGAGGCCAAGUGUCUUAAGAGAUAUAAUGAUCGAAGCGGUUCGCGAAAACAUGACCAAUGGAGAUUUUAUCUUUAUUGCUCCAGUCGUAACGAAAGUACCGACCCUGGGCAGCAUCUCAUGGGAAUAUCACGACAUGUUUGACAAGGAAGCGUUCGACGCAUAUCAGUCAGUAAUUUUGUUGAGUAAUCCGAAUGCGGACUGGGGCCGUAUCAGUGAUCUCGUGGAAAACAUUAUUAACCAUACGGCAACAACAUAUCAACAUCCGCUUAAAGAAGAUGAAAAGCAAAACGAUCUGACCAUUGCCGCAUACGAAGUGAUGUCCACGCUAAUCAUGGUAAUGAACGAUUCAAUAGAUCAAAUGGAGAGAAUGGAUGGCGUAUUAUUCUGUCAAAAAUUUCAAAACCGGACAUUUGAUUUAGAAUCUAGGAGUUUUUUUAUCAACCAGCAAGGCAUGCGGACUAGUGAUGUGAUAUUGUAUCGACUUAAUACUUCGAGUAAAGAGUUAGAGCCGGCAUGGCAUUAUUACUCGUCAAAAAAUCAGUUUGCUGCGGUCUCCAGUUUGGCAAAGACUUGGCGCGGUAACAACGGUCCCCCUAGGAAUCGUCCUCUUUGCGGCUUCCUGAAUAAUCAGUGUGAAGAUAACAACCUGAGGAACGUGGCCAUAAUUGCCGGCUCUUGUUGUGGGGGAUUUAUUGUGCUGCUGGCUGCUAUAAUUGUGUCCUACUGCUGGUAUUAUGAUUGGAGAGACAGUCGGUCUUUGUGGUGGCUCUUGCCAGACAAAGCACUCAAUCCGGACGUCAGUGGGUUUCGCAUUCCGAAUUCGGUGACCCGGCAGACCGAUAAUAUUCACGAUUCCAAUAGCGUAGUCCCGGAAUAUCUACAACAAAAACUGCGAUUUUACGGUGAUGAAAUCGUUUGGAUAGAACACUGCGCUUGCAGUAUACCGUUUAACAGUGUCAUUUCUUCCAAAAGAUUACGAAACAUCGUGACUUCCAUCAGGAAUUCUACUGCACAGGAAAAUGUUGCGAAAUUUUACGGAGCAAUCGCUAGCCAGAAUGAUUUGUGCUUUGUGUGGCAAUUUGGCACACGGGGAACAUUAAGGAUGCUUUUGGAUAAACAUAUAUUCUCCUUAGAGAUCGACCUGCAAAUAUCCAUCAUGUGGGAUGUAUUACGGGGCCUGCAACAUAUUCACCUUUCACCUUUGCAUUAUCAUGGAUGUCCUUCUACGAUCAUGGCCAUCAUCGAUAAGCGGUUUACUAUAAAACUUUGUGGAGCCGGAACAACAUCCGCCACAAAGCUGCUCACGAGACGAAAUGUUGCUAACGAUGACAAUACACUUCAGUUGUGGUAUAGUCCGGAAAUGGUGGUGCAAUCCCGACUUUCGGGAUCAAAAGAGAGCGAUAUGUACAGUUUAGGAAUCGUGUUGUACGAAAUUUUGUCACUCCACUGUCCAAUGGAUGUCCUGCUGGAUGAUGGUCCGAGCGUUCGAGCUGCGAUAUCACAACUGCGCCAGACUCCAAACAUUGCCCGGGUUCAUCUGGAUGCUCUAAAUCAGAUACCAAGAAACUUUCGAAAUUUGUUGGGCUCAUGUCUGGACGCGAACCCAAAUGAAAGGCCAAGUCUACGGAAAUUUAUCAAUUUAACAGCAGAAUACUUCCCGCCGAGCAAUAUACUUAUCAGCAUGAUGAAUCGGUUGCAACAUUAUUCCGAGGAUUUGGAGAUUAUGGUUUAUAACCGAUCACAGGAAUUACUGGAUGAACGCGAAAAAGUUGAUGCAUUGCUGAGAGAAUUAAUGCCUGUGAGCCUCGUUACGAAACUUCGCAAUAAGGAAGAAUUGUUUCCGGAAGUGUUCGAUUCCGUUACCAUUGCGUUUAGUGACCUUCCUCAGUUCGAAAACAUUUCAAGCAUCUGCAAGCCCAUUGAGAUAGUUCAUUUUUUAAAUGAAAUUUAUUCAAAAUUUGAUGUCGUGAUUUCCAAAUUUGCGGUAUAUAAAGUGGAAACGAUUGCUGACUCAUACAUGGUUGCCAGCGGGGUUCCCAUAAGAAAUAUGGUAGAGCAUGCAAAGGAGAUUGCCAGACUCGCUAUUAAACUGAUCGCAACAGCGGCCAACUCAUUUUCACCUGCUGAACGCAAUCCUGUCUGCUUACGUAUGGGAAUACACUCAGGGCCUUGCGUGGCUGGUGUAGUUGGCUCCCUCAAACCGCGGUACUGCCUUUUUGGUGAUACAGUUAACACAGCCAGCAGAAUGGAAUCCCACGGCGAAGGCUCGAAAAUUCACAUCAGCUCUGCAACCAAAGAUCUCUUAGACAGUUCUUUCCUUACAGAAAGCAGGGGCUUGCUGAACGUAAAGGGAAAAGGAGAAAUAUCGACCUUUUGGCUCACUGGAAGGGUGUAAUAUAAUAUUUGCGGCCGCCGAAAGCUAUAUAAUGCUUUUCUUGGAAUAAAUAUGUUGUAUGUGUUUUUAUAGCCGCAAUAUUUAAUAACUGGUGGACCACAAGCCACACAAUGCUUGCCUUACAAAUUACAGUCUAAAAACUUUUCUCUAACUGAAUGUGUAUCUAUUGUAUAAACAAGCACUGGAUGUAAAUGCUCCAGACUUAUAUAUUACUUACCUAAGGCUUCCGUU